AUGCAGACUCGUCCUUGGACGAGUGGUCUACUAUCGGCUGUGGUCUUCACGAUUUUGUUUGAUCUAGCCGGCGCUACUGGUGCUUCAACUGUAACAACAAUCCCUGCAGAAGCAACAGUUGGUCCGGCCAUGGCUGAAUAUGUAUCUGGUGAUCCUGCUGUGGAUGCUCCCAAGCUCUCUGCCUACAACAGCGCCGUCUUCGAUUGGUGGUAUUUUGAUGCCAUAUCUGCCGACCUGACUCAAGGUCUUUUCUUAACGUUUAACCUCGCACUGGCUACCGGUGUAUCCGGCGGAAACAAUGAAUCUAUACCCUUUGCCUCCAUCUAUGCUACUCGUGGAACGUGGGAAGGUACAGGUUUUAGCUGGGUAGCUUCACCGGACAUGGAAAGCUAUACCAUUACAAUCAACUCAACCUACGUCAGCGGUACACACUCCUUCGAAUCCAAGGCUCCUGCACAUUAUCCCUGUGGCCCGGUCGAACCAGGCAGCGACUUAGUUGUUGCUCCAUCUGUUGGUUGGAUAAAUACGCUUCCGGAUGCGGAUGCUUCAGUCUCGCUGUCUGUUGGUGGUACAGCUGUUGACUGGUCCGGUAUUGGUUAUCAUGACAAGAACUGGGGAACGGAGUUCUUUGGGAGCACAUUCAACAGUUGGUACUGGGGCCACGUGCGCGUCGGGCCUUAUAGUCUCGUGUGGUUCAGUGUGCCCGCUCCUGGCGACCGGCAAUACCUCAGCAGCUAUGUUGCAAAAGACAGGGAGGUUUUAAGUGCCAGUUGCGGCCCUAGCUCUGUAAUCGUGCGGCCAGUGGGCACUCCCUACCCACGCGGGUCCGACCCCAACUGGCCACUUGGCUACCAAAUUAGCAUCGGGAUUGGCGAGGGGGAAACGCUGAAUGUCACAUUUGAGCAAACCGGAGUGAUAAUCAGUUCAUAA